UCUCCCUCCCCUCCCAGGAUGCCCAGCGGUUCCGGGUGUGACGUCGAGGGAGGCGUGGCCGCAGAGCUGAUUAAAUUAACCGUGCAUAUAGCGAGGCGAGACCCCGCGCGAGCGGCAGACGGUGUGAUUUCUAGCUCGGGUUCGGGUUGGCCUCUUCCCUCUGGAAGGAGACAGGGGUACGUGAGGCGGAGGAGGUUGCCAUCGCGACGCGACCCGAGUUUCGCUUCCAGGUUAGGCGCAGGCGCAGACGUGGCCGGAGUGGUCCUCGAGACGGACGGCCGACUGAGCACCGCUUCAGGGGAGCUGCUCCCGGGAUCGGUGGCACCUCGGGCUUGGGGUCCUCGAUCGGGGCCAGAGAGCCGACACCGCGAGGGCGGCUUCCCCGGGACCGAGGGACGCGGACCGGACCCGAACCACCGAUCGUCACUCAUGGCGGCCCUCGGCCCCAGCAGCCAGAACGUCACUGAGUAUGUCGUUCGAGUUCCCAAAAACACAACUAAGAAAUAUAACAUCAUGGCCUUCAACGCAGCUGAUAAAGUCAACUUCGCUACCUGGAAUCAGGUAAGCCCCUGUGAGUGCGAGAACCUGAUCCUGCACUUGGCGGUUGCAGUAGAUGCUUAGUUAUAGUAGUAACUGAGGCUUGGUUUCCUCUACGUGCCCUGAGUGGAGAUGAGAUGAUGUACUAAGGCCCAGGCUGAGCUGCUGGGUAUCCCUGUGAGGAAGAUUUGGCAGGCCCCACAGGAGGCCUUGUGAAAGGAGAACAUUUAGAAUUUGUGUCCACUGACAGGCAUUUUUGGUCUGGAGUUAUCUGGGCAAGGGAGGGGGCUGCAUCCCGCAGAUGGUUUUUGGAAGCUGUCUCUCUCCAUUGGUGCUGCUCUGGCAGAAUACCCCAGACCGGAUGGCUUAUAAACAACACACAUUUGUUUCUCACAGUUCUGAAGGCUGGGAGGUCCAAGGUCAAGGUGCCAGCAGAUAGAUUUUUGGUCUGGUGAGGGCCUGCCUCCUGGUUCAUGGAUGGCUGUCUUUUUACUGUGUGCUCACAUGGCAGAAGGGGUGAGGGAGCCCCCUGGGGCCUCUCUCCUAAGGGCACUCAUCUCAUUCACGAGGGCUCCAUCCUCAUGACCUAAUCCCCUUCCCAAGGCCCCAUCUCCCGAAGCCAUCACCCUGGGGGUUAGGUUUCAACGUAUGCAUUUAGGGGUGGAACACCAACAUUCAGUCUAUAACAGAAGCCAUUUAAGGGUUUUAAACAGGGCAAUUAUAGUGAUCUGGGUGCUGUCAGGAGACAGGCUGUGGGAUCAAGUGAAGACAAAGGGUGUGCAGGGUGGAGGCGUCAGCUGGGGUCCAGAGGAGUGACCUUUGGGCCUGGAGCAAACAGCGGUUAUGAGAAGUGGGUGGAUUCUAGUGUGUUUCGAAGUGGAGCCAACAUGAUUUGUUAAUGAUUGGUUGUUGAGGGGUGACAGGGCCAGAUGGAUGGAGUAUUUGGGAACUCUGGUCCCGACAUCAUAUAUUAGACAUCCAGGAGGAGACGGGAAAUAAGCAGUUGAGCAUAUGAGUUGGGAGACUGGCAGGGGGCAUCUGGGCAUUUGGAGCGGCAUUUAAAGCCACGGAGCCUGAUCCGGCCCAGCAGAGGAGUUGGCCCCACGUCUAAAGUUGGCAGCUUCAGACCUUCGCUCAGUUUGCCGGCUCCUACUGCUCAAUCUUGUUUUCCAGCACAGGUCUCUCUUUGGACUGUUUUUAAACAUCACUUCAUCUAGUUGAGCAAAUGAGGCCAUUGGACAUUGGGCAGGUGAAUGCUUGCUCAGGGCACCCUCUUCCCUUGUAGGGUGCCUGCCUCCCUGCAUCUCCAGCUGCACACCCAUUCAUAUACAAACUAACAUGCUUCCCCAAACUCUGGUCUCACCUAAAUUAUCCAGAGAGGGUGCAGGGUUUCCAAAUCCCUGAUCACUCAGUGGGGGGACAUCCUUUAUCACUAAUCAUCUAAGAGAGAAAUAACCCACCCAUCAGGGAUACCCAGCCCCCAAACAACACUCAUCGCUAAGAAGAAUAACUUGGCAAAUACUUUGGGAACAUACCACCUUCCAUCCCUCAUUAAGUAGGAGGGCCUCUCUCCCCCGACCCAUGAGAACCCAGAGGAGCCCCUCAGUCACCCAUCAUCUUGAGGUGCAGCACCUGAGUAGUUAUCACCUCUUGAGAUACGUGACCUCCUAGCCCCUAGGAACUUGGGGGUUACACAUACCCCAUUCCCUGAUCAUCAUGGGGGGACAUCACUCAUCACUCCUUGUUUUGACCUCCCGGAGGUCACACCCCCUGAAAAUCUAGUCACGGGGAGAUACAGCCCCCAGAAUCCUCGUUGACUAAGAGGCAUACUCCCUAAAAAACUUAGGAGGAGGAUUACAUUCCCUGGGGAAAAACGAAUCCUCUGGGUUGUUACUAAUCACCCGA